GCGGAGAAGAACAGAGGUGGAAAGAGGAAGAGGCAAAAGAGAGAAACAGAAGUUUGCAGAAGAAAAAAAAAAUUAUAUAUAUAAAAGAGAGAAGAGAAGGUGCAGUGAGUCACAGUCAUAGAAAAGAAGCAGAGGCACCAUUUUCGUUUUCCAACAACCUCUACCCUAACGCCGUCAUAACGGUUUGUGCUUCCGCGACGCGACGCUUCAACUGUGAAACGCACGCGACGUAGUUUAUAUAAAGCGCCGUCCCUUUCCGUUUGUGCAGUCAGCAAGACGAUGACCUGUGCCAAAUUAUUUUCCGUCUUUUCUCUCAGUUUCUAAUUUCCGAGAGGAAGUAAGUUAUUGUUUCUUGCUGGAAAUUGAGGUGGCUUUUGAGUUUUCUAUUGUGAUUUUCGGCUAUCAUGGGAUCAGCUUGUUGUGUUGCUGCAAAGGAUCCUAAUCUUCCUAACAGAACUGGAGGUGAAAGUUUGCAUAGAGAUGUUGUGUGUUCACCAUCGGGGAGCUUUCAAUGGGAUAGCCGGGGGCGUUUUGCUGGUGAAAUUGAGAAUCCUUCUUAUCACACCUCCCAUGUGGACAGUAGAAAUGUCAGCAUGGAGCUAAAAGGUUCGUUAAGUUCUGAAAGAGGUAAUUUAUCAGAUGGUGGAAGCAUUGUUGAGAAUUCUGUAACACCUAUUUUUCUGAAGUCCCCUGUUGAUGAGGCAUUGGUUGCAAAUCUGAUGACCCCCACUUCUGAUCUGUCCAUGUCAAGCAAUUUUUCUACAGUGGUGAAGAACCCAGCAGAAUCUUCAAUACCAAAUCUUUCUUUUUCAAUACCUUCAGUCUUCUCAACGCCUACAGCAGAUCCUUUGCCUAAUCACAAUUAUCACCAUCUUCCCAGCUCUACCCCAACAAGAUGGGCACAUCGAUCUCCAGCACACCCUCUGUUGAGACAGAUUUCUGAUAGUCGAAUCAUGGAUCUGAAAUUGCCAGACAACUCAAUUUCUGAAGGUAGGCCAUCAUUUGUACUCUCAACUUGCAGCAAUGAAAUGACAGCUGGAUCCAUAUGCGGAUCAUCUGAUGGCUGGUCAAUGCGCACCUUCUCUGAGCUGGUGGCAUCAUCACAAAGGGAAAGGUGGUCUUUUGAUAGUGAGUGUUUCGGAUCUGGUCGUCACAAGAUAAGUGGAUCCAGUAGCAGGUUCUCGUAUUCUCCCUCCAUGGAACUACAAUCUUGUGGGGCUUGCUCAAAGCUAUUGACUGAGAGAUCAACAUGGAGCAACCAGAAGUUUAUUUCCAACAGUGACCUGUCAGUUGUUGCUGUACUGGUCUGUGGCCAUUCAUAUCAUGCAGAAUGUUUAGAGGCUAUGACAUCGGAGGCAGAUAGGUAUGAUCCAGCAUGUCCAAUUUGUAUGGUUGGAGAUAAGCACUUGUCAAAGUUGUUGUCCAGAAAAGGUCUUCGGGCUGAAUCAGACAUAAAGGCCAAGAACCACAAGAUAUCCAGAAACCGUGUAGUUGAUAGCUACCUUGAUGGUGGUUUUGAUGUUUUUGAUCGUCAAAAAGGCAUUGAUUUGAGAGGAAAAGUGUCAAAAAUGGAACCUAGCUCCAGUGCAAGGAGCUCAUUUGGAAAGCCAUUCUUGAGGCGGCACUUUUCACUUGGAUCCAAGUGGAGCCGUUCCCUGUCCGAGAAUGAUUCUGCCAGGAAGAAAGGCUUUUGGGCAAGAUAUCGUUAAGAUUGAGUUCCAUUUGCUAAAUUCCAGUCAGGUUGAUGUGGUUCAUAUGAACUGUAUGAAUAUAAAUGUCCCUUGGCAAAUGAUGCUGAGCCAAAGCAGUGACUGAGCACAAGGUGGCAGAGGAUGCAAAUGCACAUUUAUGAAGAUGUUUAUGCUUCACUUGUUUUUAUGGUAACAGAGGCAGACUUGCUUCAUUCUACCUGCUGCAGAUAUUUGCGCAGGCAAAAUACGGUUUAACAAUCAUACGCUGGAAACUUAAAUGUGUUUUAACUCUUGUAUUUAUAUUUUCAAUGAAUAUAAAUUAACAUAACUUUGCAAUUGUUAAGUCAAGUGAAAGGAGUUAGUUAUGUUGCCCUUGAGAGAACAAGGCGAAUCUGAAGAUUGUCAUUUGUCAGACAGGAUCACUGAAUGUUGUAAUUGAUUUAAUGUUGGCUCAAAUAUGAUGCUUAGAAGUUAAGUUUU